CUCAUCCAUCAUCGAACCAUCUGUCAAUCAUCAAUCAUUCAAUCAGAUCGAUUAAUCCCCACGUCUUCGCGCAAGCAAAGACUGCGCACACAUAUCGGAUUACCAUCUUCUCCUCUCGGCCACAGUCUACGACAAGGACCAUACAUAGUCUGGCACCUGUGCGUCCCAGCAUGGAUCCAUCGCUAGACACGGCGGCCGCCCGCGACAACUUCACCACCGCCCGCCCCGCCGAGAGCGACCGCCGCCACUUUGCGCGAUGCUGGGCUCACCAGAACUGCGGCGGUUGCCUCGGUGAGACGCGGUGCAGCUGGUGUCCCUAUACCUGGUCUUGCGUCCCCAACUCAUACGCCAUCCCGCUACUGGCCCCGGCUUACCAGGCCAACAUCUGCCCCCAUCCCGCCGAGCGCUGGGAGCUGCGCUCGCAGCCCUUUGGCUGCGGCGUGUCGUCCACUACGAGCCUGACUGCCCUCGUCUCCAUCGCCGCCACCCUCGCCGUCGCCGUCUUUGUCCUCCUCAACGCCAUCGCCGUGAUGCGCUGGCGCCGCUACACCAAGCAGACGCCGCAUUGGCGAAACGAGUGGGGCCAGCGCUGGCGAAAGGCCCUAACGACGGCUCGAGACGAGGAGCGAGCCCCGUUGCUUUCCAAUUCAGAGGGCGUUCCCGCCCGCCACGAUAGCCGUUGACGCUGGCGCCGGAUGGCUUGAUCGGCCUGCCGCGCCCGUCCCAGCUCAAUGCACCAAACUCCAGGCCAUGAGCGGGUGUCGUCGGUGGGGAGAUCCAUGGGCGGUGAUUUUGUCGCCCUUCACCCGGAGCUGACAGGAGGUAUGAUUGCGACCUCGUCCGCUUCCUGGAUGACGUCGCCCUCCUCGGAGGGAUCCGCCGGCAUGUCUACAUAGUCGAGAUUGACCGUCACCAGGCACGAG